UUGAGUGCGGAAGAGUCCAGUGAAGUCCUGCUGAGAGAGAUACAGGAUUUGCUCGUGUGCUGGUUGUGUCAGGUAGACUGUAGGUCUGAAAAGAGCUCUGCAGAAGUACUGAGGUAGUGUAGUUUAUGAGUAGCUAACAGAUCGGUCAGUAGAGCGAGUGUAGGAGUGGUCAUAUCUGCAGUCGUGUGUCUCUGUAUGUAGUGAGGAGGUUCUGUAACUCAGGAAGAAUGCAGGUUUGUUUGUAUCUGCUGCUUGUGCUCCAUGUUGCUGAAGGCUGCACACUGAAAGGCCAUGGGCAGUUAAAAGAGAUUACUGCAUACACAGGAGGGUCAGUACUGCUGCCCUGCUACUGCACUGACCCACAAGUCACACCUGAGACAUUCACCUGGAAUAAAUUCUACUCAAACAUAAUGAAAGAGAUAUCCAGUGAGAGUGGUCAGUACAGAAACAGAGUUCAGCUGGUUAAUGGUCACUCUCCAGGAAAUCUCUCUCUACUCAUAUCAAACCUGACUGAAGGGGAUGGAGGAGAUUACAGAUGUAGAGUUAAAGGCGGCGCAUACAGAAACAUCAGACUCACUGUUAAAGACUGCACUCUGACCAACAAUAAAGAAACAUUACAAAUCACAGCUCGUACAGGAGAGUCAGUACUGCUGCCCUGCUCCUGCACUGAGCUACGUCUCAAACCUGAGACAUUCAGCUGGAAUAAAUACAUCAAUAAUAUUUAUCAGAGGAUACACGUUAAACAUGAUGAGUACAGAGACAGAGUUCAGCUGGUUAAUGGUCACUCUCCAGGAAAUCUCUCUCUACUCAUAUCAAACCUGACUGAAGAGGAUGGAGGAAAUUACAGAUGUACAGUUAAAGGCGACACAUUCAGAGACAUCAGACUCACUGUUAAAGGCUGCACUCUGACCAACAAUAAAGAAACAUUACAAAUCACAGCUCGUACAGGAGAGUCAGUACUGCUGCCCUGCUCCUGCACUGAGCUACGUCUCAAACCUGAGACAUUCAGCUGGAAUAAAUACAUCAAUAAUAUUUAUCAGAGGAUACACGUUAAACAUGAUGAGUACAGAGACAGAGUUCAGCUGGUUAAUGGUCACUCUCCAGGAAAUCUCUCUCUACUCAUAUCAAACCUGACUGAAGCGGAUGGAGGAGAUUACAGAUGUACAGUUAAAGGCGACACAUUCAGAGACAUCAGACUCACUGUUAAAGUGAACAAGGACCUUCCACCCAGUCCAACCAUAAAGUCUAAAAGAAACAGUAUUGUCACUUCAACCCAAUCUUCUUUGACAACACCAUCAAAAAAUGGUUCAUCCGGUUCACCAACCAAGCCUGAGUUCUUUAUUUAUGCUGCUGAGGGGGGCUUACUACUGUUGAUAAUACUCACUGGGAUCAUCUAUUGGAGAUACAGAGCUCAGAGACGAAGGCAGAUGGAGAGCUGUGAGAGAAAAUCAGGAUGGAGAGAAGAUCAGGAGACACAGAAUGAUUCUGAGGUGCUGUACGCUACUGUAAAUGAUGACAAAUGCAACAAAGUUCAAGAAACGAACAAUUGUGAGGUGCUGUACGCUGCUGUGGAUAAAGAAGACAAACGCAAAAAAGUUGAAGAAAACGAUGAUGUGACGUAUUCUACUGUAGUCUACUUCGAAAGAUCAACAUCAGCAACUGUACUGUUAGACACGUAAGAAACUACUGAAUACGCCAGCAUCAAACUGAAUUAACUCACACACAAACACACACACACACACACACACACACACACACAUACAAACA